CCGCACUCUUCACAGACUCACCAACGCAUCUCCUCCUUCUCCGACUUUCAGGACACAAACUCCUCCAGACACCAUGAACAAGGUCAUUGUCUAUGAGAAGCCAAACUUUGAGGGCCUGAGCAAAGAGUUCACCUCCAACGUUUCAAACUUAAAUGACGAGAGCUUCAAUGACUGCAUCUCCUCUGUGAAGGUGAUCGGAAAUCCAUGGGUGUUAUACAGCGAUCCCAAUUUCAGUGGUUAUCAGUACAUCUUUGACGAGGGAGAAUAUCCCACGGUGGACUGGGAUAACAGCACUUCUUCUCUAGAGGUGGUGACCGAGGACCUGGAAGAUCCUCAGAUCACACUGUAUGAUGAGCCAAACUACAAAGGGAAGAGUGUCGUCCUCACCUGUGAGACCAACUUGUAUUAUAGCUCUUUCGACAAUUCUGCAUCUUCUCACAAAGUCCAGAGAGGAGCGUGGGUUCUCUACCAGUAUGCGAAUAGAGUUGGGUAUCAGAUGUUGGCCAGAGCUUCUCGUGACAUGCCCGAUUAUGAAUGGUUCAGCAACCGACUGAGCCACCUGCGUCCUCUUAAGCCAGGGAAACCCACUGUAACAGCCACGGUGCUCUGGGACAAGAAGGAAGAACAAGUCAAAUCUGUCAUUAUUGACUCCAUAUGUGGUCUGAACAGCGGAUCGCGAGAGCAGACCUUCAACACGGAGCUCAAUCGAGAGUACGAGGGCUCCAUCACUGACAGCUUCAGCUUCAGCAAUGCUACGCAGAUCGGCUACGAAACAAAAUUCAGUGUACAGGUGGCAGAAAUGAGUUCAGAGAAGACGUUCUCUUUCAGCAACACCUUCACUGUGGAAAAGGGGAAAACCAACACCAGAACCGAGAAGAAGAGUGUCAGAGUCUCGCUGCCAACCACUAUCCCUCCUCGCACCAAGGUCACCGUGAAUGUGGUGAGGAAGGAGGUGGAGGUGAAGGUCCCAGUGGAACUGAUCAUCACCACCGGUUUCCAUAAGAAGACUGAGUAUGGGCAGUAUGUGUGUUCUGAUGGGAGCUCCAUCAUCAGCGAGUUCAAGGAAGAACCUCUCUAAGGUGUCAAUGAGUAGAUAUAGAGAUUCACAAAAUCUUUUAUCAGUAUUUUAAUGAGCUUAUUGUGCCAACAAACAAUCAGAAAAUGAUGCAAUUCAGUACGAUGCUUUCUGAGAUGCUCUUUGUUUAAAAUGUUCUAAAAUAGUUAAA